AUGCACACGCACAAAGUUGAGUCGUUUCUUGUAACGGAUAAUGUGCGGCUGGAGAUUGUCCAUGAGUCCAAUCCGUACUUUGCAGGGGAGCAUAUAUCGCUGGUGAUCAGGCUGCGGCAUUUGGGGUCACUGCGUGAGCAGGCCCACUGGAGGAGCAGGAUUGAUCAGUUACAUAGGGAUAUAGAGGAGCGAUUGGACAGAGAGCAUGCUGGCGAGUCCGCUGAACAGGAGCAAAGUAAACUUGAGGGCCCCUCUGCUUGGUCCAUGAAAUUUUUGUUCGGUGCAUUUAGGGCAGAUGAGGGACCCCAGCAGACGGAGGCUGCGGACGGUGAAAGUACCGAUCUGCCCGCCGAUGUCACCACCGAAGACGAAGAGGGGUUCAGACAAUUCAUCAUGAAACAGUUGCGGCAACAUAAACCGGUAGAUUUGAUCUCAGCGUACGUGCAGGUUGCAGGAAUGUUCCAGUACAACCUCGACGUGAUUGCAGAGGACCAAUUGCAAAACAAGGGUGCCAAGAUAGUCGGGUUUGAUGUGUUGGAAGGUGCUGGCGCCUGGAACAAAGUGACCCAGCAGCACGAAUUAUCACAGUAUUCGAAUUCGUCCUACGAGUUCACUGCCAAUCUGGACAGCCGCUACGUCUUAACACCAGGAGCAAACACAGGGAACGAUAAUUCCAACGCACAGUACUCGGAAGAUUACAAAGAAUUGCCCACGUUUCUGAUACCGCAGACUCUCUUGUUUUCCGAGAUUUCAUUACAACCUGGUGAAGUGAAAACGUUCCAUUUCAAGUCAACUAAGCUUCCAGUGGACCUAUGCCCGAGCUACACACACUCUAGAAAUGUUGCCGUCAAUUAUUCACUCCAGUUUGGAGUCAGCACCUUGUCUCACGAUGAAAUCGUCCCGUACAAGACAAGAAUCCCAAUAACAAUAGCCCCAUUCGUGGAUAGUAAUAGCGGUCAGUACACCGCAAUGGUAGAUAAAGUGCCCACAAUUAUGCAACCGGGGACCAUCAAGGAGGUAAAUGUGAAGCAAAAAAGGUCCCCUUCAAGUGCGUCCAUGUUUACACGGAGAAGUUCCGGUAAUCUACUGAACGAUAAGUUGUCCAAUGAUACGAUUAAACUAAUGAAGCAAAAAUUCAUCGAACUUGUUGAGGAUAAUAAGGUUGGUGCGAUGGAUAUUGACCAACUAGUCGAUAAACAGUUGGAGGUACAGUUCGGUAAUGCGGAAGACAGUGAGACCAAUGAGGAUCCGUUCGAAACUGGAGAUGCUGGUAUAAAACCAAGUAGUACGACGCGAGAUAACAUUAUGGGCCUCAAAAGAUCAAUCCCCAAAAAUUUAUCAAAAAAACUCAUGAAACAAGACCAAGAGAACGGGAAUCCCAAGACACUAAUUUCACAACUGGAUUCAAGCCUGCAACGUAGUUACGUCAUCAACAGAAACGGCACUUUGAUUGCCAAGAUCGGUUUCUCUAAAUUGUUCUACACGACCAAUGACGACAUCGAUCUGGUCAUAUACCCUGAACCGCAUACGGGAUUCAAAAUCAGUGCUGUCAACGUUUCCCUAGAAUCUGCAGAGCUUUUGAACAAAACAUAUGUGCUGCAAUCAGAACAGGUCAGGCCGUUUUACCACAAUGUAAGCGACGCUAGGUCAGUUUGCUACGACGAAUGCCAGAGCAUACCUUUGAAGUUACUCAUUCCAAGAACCCCUAGGAAUCAAAUAUCCAGUCAAUUCAGAACCAAUAUUUUUGAAUUGAAGUGGGUCCUAUCGUUCCAAUUCAUCCUAAUUGAUAGAAGGGAAAGUGACGAUGGACAAAACUUGUUCCAAUUCUACGAAGAUAAAAAGGGCGCCCUCUAUCACUCAAAGAAAACUAUGGAAGGUGAGGAGUUUUCUUUUAAGAUGCCGAUAUGCAUCUUACCGUCAUCCAAGAAUUUUGGAGGCUGGUAA